AUGGCAUUUGAGAACACAGCAGAUAAAACUACCAACGUGGUAGCGGGUGUCGAGGGAAGGAAGGAUAAGAGUCCUACACCGGAGAAAGUGGUCCGAUGGAGGAGUGCCUGUAACACCUGUCAUGCCGCCAAAGUUCGCUGCACUGGCGAAAGGAGUGGAUGUGUCCGAUGUCGAGAGUCUGGUCAUCAAUGCGUUUAUAUGGUCUCGCUCGUCGGCAAGACGCGCGGACCACGUAAAAAGCGCAACCAAAUCCACUCCAGAUGUCCAAUGUCCGGCGGCGAAGUGGACCGACGAGAGAGUCCAACGAAAUCUAUGACUCCCUGGCUAGCCGACACCAACGAGCCGUCACCGGGAAGGGGGUGCAUUUCCUCUUUUGAAGACAAUGCCUUUCUUCCUUGGCAUGAAACACCAAUACCAGAUGCUACUCAUCCAUUGGAACGGAUCGAGACGUUGUCCGACGUCCUUGAUGUGUUCCCACCCUUUCCCACGCCAGAAACAUCCGAGUGUCCGGUAGUGCCAUGCCGGCCGAGCACCGCGGAAGAAUUGACCACGCCGUUCUCCACGGCCAGUCAUCAUCAGUCGGACAGUGGAAACAUAUUCCACUUUUCCGGCUCGGCCGAGAGCACCGCCGACCCUACGCCGUUGUGGUCACGUCAUAUCAGUGCGACCAGUGCGCCUGUCCGCGACCAAACGGGCGGCAUAUUUUCUCAUUGCGAUAAUCAGGAAAGAAAAACAGCAAAUACUGGUAUCGCCGCCUGCGUGGAACUCGUAGCUUGUCUUGAAGCCCGGCAGCGGGACGGCCCGCAUGCGGUGGACCAAAUGUUGGCGACCAAUCGGGAGGCAACCAACAAGAUCAACGAGCUCAUUGUGCUCGACGGACCAACGCUGAGCUCCACUUCCUCUUUGCUCCUGACGGCCGCAGCAGAGAAUAUUUUCAGUCUCUUCGAAAUCAUCGUCCGAUCCAAAUCCUAUGACCAAUAUACCAUGCCUUGUGUGGGAUUUGGGACGUUCUUGAUUGAUCCUGAGGAACAGAAGGCCAUACGAACCCGGGUGGUAUCCAAGGAACUCCGUCUCAAUACCGAGAUGAUUCGUCGCCUGUCGAGGGCAAUCACGCAGAGGCGGGGAUCUGUCCAAGACAAGUUGAAAAAGUGGCUUCAGGAGUUGGAGCAACGGACUGAAAACCUGAGUUCGAUGGUGGAAAACGAAUGA